AUGGAUCACGAAAGAGCCGAGUGUCCAAGAUGUCCAUUCUGCUCCUUCUCUGACCCUGACAGCAAUCUUGUUGUGGAACAUAUUGCGCUGUAUCACCCUGAUAACAGCACAUACUUCGAUACCCCCAGUGGCAAGAAGAUAAGAGGAUUGAAACAGGCGACAUCCGAGCAAUCGUUUUCCUCCAAUCAUACAAUUGAGCACGCGGGAACGUAUACCGAUUGUCCACAUGGCUGUGGAGAGAUUUUAUUAGCCACUGAGGUCUCUACUCACCUUGAUUUACAUCUCGCAGAAGAGGUUGCUUAUGAAAGUACACCCUCUUCCCUGCCCAAGUCAUCUGAUUCGGCGACUACUCAAAAGCGGAGAGGAAUUGACGACCACGACGAUCUGAAUAAUUUUCAGAAUCUACAUGGACCACCUGUGAAAGGCCAGUCAAAGAAAGAGAUGCUGCCUCAGGAGCCACUAAAGGAAAAGAGGCCCUGUAGUCCUUCAAAAGUAGCAAUUACCGGUGGUGUGAAAAAGCUUGGGCGCGCGGAGCUUGGGCCACAUGCCCAUGAGAAGCAGAUGCCUUCAUGGCUCCGAAAGCUACUACAAAAAGGCGCGAAAACGAUGGAAUCCAACACAAAUACCCCAGACGGAACGCUUUGGAGACAGCAAUCGGUCGAGAACGAGACUAAUGAUGUUAUCCCAGUGCUGGUUCGGCUUUGUGAGCAGGACAAAACGGUACAGCGUGCUUUCUUUUGUAGUCCUAACGUUUGUCAAGUUUCUAAAAUGCCGAGAGAGGGCGGGUUCUGUGGUUACAGGAAUAUUCAAAUGCUUAUUUCCUACAUCAAAGAAUGCCGCGUUUUGGGGCAUGAAUGCUUUUCGAGCACGUUGCCGUCAAUAUUGCAGCUGCAGGAUAUGAUUGAAAAUGCGUGGGAUAUGGGUUUCAACAGCAUCGGACGGAUUGAGACGGGGGGAAUCCGCGGCACCAGGAAAUACAUUGGUACACCAGAAGUAAGUUCGGAAUCCAGUAGUAUUGGAGGAACCAAAGAUAUGCGAGCUCAUGAUGCUCUGUUUAUGUGCAUUGCAGAUUACUUUCGACAUAUGUGCCCCCCCAAAAGAAACGAUAAAGUCCUUCUGACGGAUUUACCCCCAAUUUAUCUUCAACAUCAAGGACAUUCAUUAACUAUUAUCGGGUUCGAGAUACGUGACAAUGGCAGCGCGAAUAUCUUAGUUUUUGACCCCAUGUUCAAGCCAUCGCCUGCUGUGAAGCGUCUCAAGGGCACACCUGCGGUAUAUGCUGAUCCCACUCGCAUUCUCAAGGGCUACCGACGGGGUGCUGGUUAUUUACAGAAAUACAGCGUUUUUGAAAUCCUCAAGACCAUCAUGCGAACGUCUCCAAAUGUUAUAAUCACAGGAACCCCUGGUGUAGGGAAAACUGUCCACUGCGAACAACUGGCUCAGGAUACCGGGUUACGGCAUCUGUCAAUCAAUCAGGUCGCAAAAGAUCGCGGCUGCUUCGAAACCUAUGACGACGAACUAGAAACUUGGAUUGUGGAUGAGGACAAACUGCUGGAUGCUAUCGAAGAUGAAAUACUUCAAGGGGGUCUUUUGAUUGACUGGCAUGCAUGUGAUCUGUUUCCCAAAUCUUGGAUCGACCUUGUCGUGGUUCUGCGAUGCCCGUCUACAUCUAUCCUAUUCGAUCGUCUGUCAUCACGGGAAUAUAAACAAGUGAAGCUGCAGGAAAAUCUUGAUGCGGAGAUUUUCGGCGUCCUGUUCGAAGAGGCCCGUGAAGCCUUCGACGAAGAGAUCGUGGUCGAGCUCACUAGUGAAAAGGAUGACGAUGUAGAGAACAAUUGCGCAAGAAUUUCAACCUGGAUAGAUUCUUGGAAGCACAACCAUAGCGGUAACACAAAUUGA